UUUCCACGCCGAUUGAUGUGGGGACAACAGCCACAAUGAGGAACUCCUGCACGUUUCUGGCAUCCUCUUUCUCCAUUGCUAUUUUUCUCCUGCUGGUUCCUGGAGAUUUCUGUGUAGAAAUUAUUGGAGGAAAUCAAGUGAGUCCUCAUUCAAGACCCUACAUGGUGCUACUUAAAGGAAAAAAAAUAUGUGCUGGAGCCCUGAUUGCAGAAGACUGGGUAUUGACAGCAGCUCACUGUGUCCUGGACAAAAAUUCCCAGGUCAUUCUUGGAGCUCACUCAAUCACCAAGAAGGAGUCGGAAAAACAGAUUAUGUUUGUUAAGAAAGAGUUUCCCUAUCCGUGCUUUGACCCGGACACACAUGAGGGGGAUCUGAAACUUUUACAGCUGAAGAAAAAAGCAAAAGUUAAUAAAAAAGUGAGUAUCCUCCGGCUUCCCAAGAGGGGGGAUGAUGUGAAACCGGGAACCAUGUGUCGAGUCGCAGGCUGGGGAAGAAUUCACAAUAACUCCCCUCAGUCUGACACUCUGAGAGAAGUCAAUAUCACCGUCAUAAACAGAAGAAUCUGCAAUGAUGAAAAGCACUAUAAUUAUAAUCCUGUGAUUGGACUGAAUAUGAUCUGUGCCGGCAGCCUCAAUGGUGGAAAAGACUCAUGCAACGGAGAUUCUGGAAGCCCUUUGAUAUGUGAGGGUAUUAUUAGAGGCGUUACUGCUUUUGGCCUUCCAGGGAAAUGCGGAGACCCUCGAGGACCCGGCAUCUAUACUUUUCUGUCACAGAAGUAUCUCAGCUGGAUAAAUAAGACUAUGAAGGGGGUAGUUUAGAUAAUUGUAUUUCACUUCAUCUGCUGUCACUUCUUUUUUCACUGUUUGCUUCAAAUUUUUAUUUACAUUCCAGUUAGUUAACAUGUAGUAUAGUAUCGGUUUCGAGAGUAGAAUUUUGUUAUUCAUCA